AAACAUUUACCUGAACGAUCUGACGGCAAGACAUUUGGCGACAGUGUCCAAACACCAGUUCUCUACUAAAACUGAAUCAGACAGUUUGGGAACACCAAAACAGCAAAGAAACUCUGAUUGCAGACGCCCCUUCUCUGGUGGAUCACUAUGACGAUGGUCUUCAAUCUGUCUGCUGGAAGUUUGGCUGUAAUAAACCAAAAGAAGCUUGCAGAACUUAUUGAACAGAUAAGCACAAGUAUCAAAGACAGGUACAACAUUGAAGAAAUGUAUGCAGUGGCCACAAGUGUUCCGAAGGAUGAAGACCAAGUUUCUUAUGACUUCACAAAGGUGACGCCAAACCAACAGACAGAAUUGAAUGACGGCAUCCUCAGGUCUCCGAGACUUGUGGUAGCCACAAAGAAAAAAGCCUACAAUAAAAAUGGGGACUGUCUAUAUACUCAACAUGCAGAGUGGCGUCUUCUGCAGAAUCUAUAUCUUGAAGGUCAGGAUGGUGAUUUGUUGGUCUUCUUCUCUCAUGCCAGUCCAUGUGCCGAAAAGUGUGCAGAUCCAGAUGGAAAAUACAGGAUCACUGAUCAGCUCAGACGUCUCUUUAAUGGAUGUGAGUGGGGUGCAAAGGCGUUUGUAUUUAACGUUUUAUUCAGGCCACCUAGGCAGGACAUUAAUCCAGACAGGAUAAAUUUUGCCCUGACAAAUAUUGGAAUAGCCAUUGAUCACGAAAACUUAUUUCGCUGUAACGAAACUAAUAAUGGCGAUUUCCAUUGCAUCAAAUGCUUUAAUGGUAGUCAGAUAAACCCAAAUGCCUACAAAAGGAGCUGGAACAGGAAGCUCCAGGCGGUGCACCGUUGGUCAGAUGAACAGUCAAAGUCUACCCAAAUCAUCAACCACAUGGUCCUGGAUACGAUACACCCCCUCCAGUUUGCAUACCGCCCCAAUCGAUCAGUUGAUGACGCAACAGCAUUUGCCCUGCACCACAGGGCAUUAGCAUUAGCCCUGCACCACACUCUGCAACAUCUGAAGAGUAGCAGCACGUAUGUCAGGAUGCUCUUCCUGGACUACAGCUCUGCUUUCAACACCAUCCGCCCGGGCAAGCUGAUCGAGAAACUGAGUGACGUCAACAUCCCAACUCUCACUUGCAACUGGAUCCUGGACUUUUUGACAGAGAGACCACAGGUGGUGAGAAUUGGAGGACGCGUGUCUGCUGAGCUCACCAUCAGCACUGGAUCUCCACAGGGCUGCUGCCUCAGCCCUAAACUCUUCACCCUGUACACCCAUGACUGUGUCUCCACCCAGGAAAACUCCAUCAUCAUCAAAUACGCUAACAACACCACCAUCCUGGGGCUCAUCAACAGGGGGUACGAGUCUGGGUACAGAACUCUACACUGUUCCAAAAAAUAUUAAUGUCAAACUAUCUUACUGUAUAUUUUACAGUUUUGUACUAUCUUUCUAGGAUAUCAUUAAAUUUACAUAAGUAGACUGUGAUCUUACAUGUCAAAGGUAAAAUAACGUAACAGCUCUGUAAAUAUAGUAAAACACAAUUUACUUGUUUUUUAAAUAUAUAUUUUUGUACAUAUGCAUAUUUAGA